AUGAAACCUGUCUUCCUCUUUCUAAUUUUCCCCAUCGUUUUGUCUUGGAACAAUGAGGAACUUAAAAUGUUCGAUCUAGUUGAAGGGUCUAAGGAAAGUUUUUAUGAAUUACUGGGAGUAUCAGAGUCAGCCACUAAUGUUGAAAUCAAAAAAGCCUACCGAAAACUAUCGUUGUCAAUGCAUCCAGAUAAAAAUUCGGAAGAUCCAGAUGCUCACGAUAAAUUUCGUCAAUUGGUUUCUAUUUAUGAAAUCCUUAAAGAUGAGGAACUAAGACAAAAAUAUGACGAGGUGCUAGAGUAUGGCUUGCCCUCCUGGAAGACGCCU